UGAACGAGCCUGCAUCGUCCGUGACAAUCCCCUCUCAUAUUUUCCUCCGAGUACAAAGACCCAAGCAAGGAUAAAACAACAGGGAGAAAAGAUGUCGGGGAUGAACCGGGUGGUUGCAACAUGUUGGACUUGCCUCCUGCUCGCUGCUUUCCUGUGUGAGCCGGUGCUGUCCAAAGGGGGACGUGGAGGGUCCCGUGGCUCCUCUCGAGGCACCCACUCCCGGAGCUCCUCGGCGGGGAGUCGGCGGGGGUCCGGGCCCUACGGAGGGACCCGCUCCCGCGUCCGGGCUGCGGGCCGGUCCUCCCCGGUGAGGGUCGCAGCUGCAGCGGCAGCAGGGGCGGCGGUGGCGGUGGCGCUAUCAGCGGAUAAAUGGUAUGCCUCUGCCUACAGACGCAGCAACGCAGACAGCUCCGAGGACGUGGAUUACUACAACAGGACCAAUUACUUUGAUUCACAAAUGUCAGGCUCAACAAAAAAUGGAUAUUCUCUUCCUCAACUGGUUUCUAUCAUUAUUGCAACAUUUUCCCAAAAAUAUGGAUUCUUUCAAGACAGUAUACUGUAGAUGUUUAGCUUGUUUUUUAUGAUUAAUUCCUGAUUCUACCCUGGAUCUGAAUAUAAUAUGCAGGAAUGACAGGAAGCUGCACUGGGAACAUUAGAGGUGCAACACAGUGGUGGAUGGACACAAAAACAUCAAUAGUACUGUAUAUUUUGUAUUGUCAUCUUCUAGGCUACCAACAAACAAAUGUAAUCAACCAGUAUUCAAUGUGACCUUUCACCUUUAAAGUAGUGCACCUUUGUCAAGUCAGUGUUGGACAUAAAAUGACACAGAACUUUAAUAAAUAACUAGUUUCCUUCCCUAAAGCUUGAUUCCUAGACCCUAUUGUGAAAAUGUUUUAUCAGGAUUAUCAAAAAUAGAAACACCUUGAUAAGGACUGUUAUCAAACUGUCGGCUGCCACAUUAAAUAGUACUGUCAAUCUUAAUUUAAAAUCUGUUUUCAUAAUAUGCAAAAAAUAAAUGUAAAGUUAAAAAACCACAGCAUCGCUGUUUAGUACAACUAAAUCAUAUUUAUGACCAGACCUGGGUCUAAACAUAAAGCUUGGACUAUCUGACGUUUUUCUGCCCCUGAAAUCGAAACAACUGCCACUUGCAAGACUGCUUUCAAUGGAGCCAUGA